CGAGCUUUCAUUUCAGCUUGAAUUGUUGGAUGUUUGUGUUAUUUGUUUUUUCUUAAUUUUAUUCAAUAAUCAGCUCUAAUUUAUCAAUUUUCAUUUAAUUUUCUUCAUUAGAUUUCUCUAUUCAUGAUGAAGAUUAUUCUGGUGCAAACAGUUGUUCAUUAUUACAGUCUGUAAAGUGAUAAAUAAAGAAGAACAUCAUUGUUUCAAAAAACAUCAAUAGUGUUUCUCUAGAUUCAUAGUUUUGUUAUGAAGUAUUGAAUGUGUUCAUCUUUCAACCAUGGAAGUUAACUCAAUCAAGGAAAAUUUAGUUAACGGGUUUACUUUUGACUCAUCUUCUCUAAUCUCGCCGUUUACUGGAGAUGAUGUUUUCUCUUCCAACCAAAUUAAUGCGCCUUUGGGUGAUCAUAAUGAGGAUGAGUUUGACCAGAUGCUCCAACAAAUCGGUUGUUUUGACAUCAAUAUGUUAAAUUUGGAGAACAGUGAUUUAUUCAAUGUUGCUGAUUUGGAAGGCUCCGCUUUGACACCUGAUUCAGGAAAGUUUGAACAGUCUCCUGAUCUAGUUGGAGAUUUAAAAGCUGAAUUAACCUCAAUUCAGCCAUUCGACUCGACCAAUGGAGUAUCAUCAAAUAAUUCACCCGUUUUAGAUUCUAGCGAACCUUUGUUAAAACAAUAUAAUUUAAUUAAUCAAGCAUCUAUCCAGCCUAUUCAACAAUAUCAAAGCCAGUUACCUCAACAAACAGUAUCUCAAACCCAGUUGAAAUUACCUGAUCCACCAGCUCAACCUAUGGAUAUUGGUACUACGGCAAAAGUUCAGAGAGUCCAAGCCACUAUCCAGCCUUUAAUUCAACAAGCUGUCAUUACUACACCGACACCUCCCCAGAACACUGAACCAUCUAUCAUUUGUGUUGAUCAAAACCAAAAAACCACAACUGUUCCAAUCAAUUUGAAUGACUUGAUAUCCAUUAUAAGAGAGCAACAACAACAGAAACAACAACUAUUUAUUCAGCAGAAAGUUCAAGAAGCAUUGAUUCAACAAAUUCAAUCAAAUGCAUGCUCUAUCAAUACAGCUCCCGCUACAGCUACUAAAAUUCCUUUGGCCACUGAACAGUUGAAUCAAAAUAAAGUUGGUAAUUUUUUUGAUGCCCAAAUUGUUACAGAUGGCUCAGGUUCGAUUUUAACAACUCAAGCUGUCCCAAUCACCACCCCAGUGACAGUUUCAGUUGCAAAUCCAACUACCACAUUAAUUACAGCCACCCCGAUUAUUUUACAACAAAAAACUAUAGAUCCAGUGCCGGAUAAAUUUCCGAUUACUAGACUUGCGACUAUACCUGCUACUAAUCAAAGUAAUCCUCGUCAAUCAACCACCCCUUCUAUCAAAAGAGAGCCUCAAUCACCUCAAAGUGAUUGUGAAAGUCCUAAACGAGGUAAACAUGCCGUACCCGAAAAACGAACCGCUCAUAAUGCUAUUGAAAGAAGAUACCGAUCAUCUAUUAAUGAUAAAAUCACUGAAUUAAAAAAUAUGGUUGUUGGUACAGACGCUAAACUCAACAAAUCAGCAGUUCUCAAAAAAGCAAUUGAAUAUAUCCAUCAUUUAACGACUUCUAAUAAUAAAUUGAGACAAGAAAAUUUAGCUUUGAAAGCAGCUUUAGCUAAUGACAAUGGUUCACUUAAAUCGCCAACCAGUAUCCCAGCCUCUGAUUCACAAGAUAUUACUCCACCUAUUUCUGAUUGUUCUUCAUCAGCCUCUUCACCAGACCAAAGUGGCAUCCGAUCUCCUUCUGAACCCGAAUCACCAAUUAUUUGGGCAUCUGAUGGUUCACGAAUGUUACUUUGCGUCUUUGUUUUCGGACUUCUUGCUUUCAAUCCAUUCUCAAUUUUCUUGAAUUCCGAUGAUAUGCAAACUUCUUUCGCUGGUAGCACUGAUCAUGGCUCUGGUCGGUCAAUUCUUAGUAUUUGGCAUACUGACAAUUCUCUCGGGUGGACUGAAUUAUUAAUAUCCUACUGGAAAUCAAUCGCACUUUGGUUACUUAAUAUUUUUAUUUGUUUUAUUACUUUGAAAAGAGCCUUUCAUCAUUAUCCAAUAACUGAUCAAGGUGAAAGAAAAUAUUGGAUAUACAUGGUUCAAGCUAAUCAAGAUCUUCAAAAGGGUAACAUAAGAUCUGCUCAGCACAAUUAUAUGGCUGCUCUUGAAAUUGUUCGUCGUUCAACACUUCCUAAAACUCUUCCUGGAGAAGUAUUGGCUGUUACAUGGCAGCUUAUCCGUUUCUGGUUACACUUCUUUUAUCUCGGUCGAUUGUUAGAGGAUUACGAGUACCAAGAUAAAAAUCUUCUUAGUAUUGCCUGUUUCCUCCACUGUAAACUAAAUUCGAUCGAUUUAAUUGUUAACCAAGGGAAAUUUUCUCUCAUGGGAUAUUUUUAUGCUUUAUCGGCCAUAAACGAAUCUAAAGCUUUAGGACAUGAAUCUGGACCUUUGGUUAGUUCACAUAUUUUGGCUGCUUUGCGAUUCAAGAUUAUCUCCAAUCUUUACGCUCGUUAUUUUUUGAGAAGAGCUUUGUCUUACUGCAAAUCUGAUAAAAUUGAACAUUACCUUCUCAACCCUAUUGGGCGCAAAUUUUUUAACAAAUCACAUCAUCAUUGGAACUACACAGCUGACAAGUCUUCUAUUUUUGUCAAGACUCCGGAAAAAAUUGUUGAUCCAUUCACAUAUAAUUCAAGAGAAUAUAGACGUUAUUUGAUUAAAAAAUCAAUUUUAACCAUGAUAAACCCAAAAAGUGGAAUAAAAACAGAGAAUAGUUCAUCAAAGGUAAACAAAGGCCGUAGUAAUUUAUCGAUUUCAUUGCUGGCAGUCAUCAGUGAGUUGUCAAACAAUAGUAAACUAUUUGGUGAUGACAUUGCUUACUGGUGGAGCAAUGUAAUCAAAGCUGCUUAUUUCUGGUUCAUCGGAGAUGAUCAAUCAGCUCACGCAGUUACUUUGAUUAUUCCUGACAGUUUACGCAACAAUUCGUUGGCCAUCACCCUUUUAUUAGGUGGUAAAAUGAAAAAAUAUAUUGAAAUUAAAAAACCAAAAGAUACUAAAAUUCUGAUGAAAUUAUUGGAUCGGGCAAGUUACGAGUUAUGGCGAUCAAUAGAGAUGAAUGAAAGUCAAAAGCUGCAAGAUGAUUGUAAUCAACAAAUAAUCCAAGCUUUCCAAUUGUUAUGCACUGAAUGGCUACUUUCAACACGAUUGAAACUUUGGGAAUUGAAUUGUGACUCACUAUCUUCAUCCAGUCAAUAUCAUAUUAGAGGGUUCCGUAAAGAUUUAUCAACUCUUCGGUAUAUGGUUCAACUUAUUCCAAGUGGAAAAACUAAAUUGUACCUUCACGAAGGAUCCUAUCGAUUAAUAAGUGGAUCAAACCCAUUAAUUGCUCAAAAUCUUUUAGAAAGAGCAUUAAGAAAAAGAAGACAAAAUGGCUUAAGUAAUAUUAUUUGUGCUACUGGGGAACAAAGGAAUACUCUGUCAAUCAAUGAUCAAAAAGACAUUGUAAAUGCAUUGUUCAUGAUUGGCAAACACUUACCUUCUCAAUGUUUAUCCUGUUCUGGUGAAAAAGAAGGCUACCUUAAAGAGGCAGAAGCCAUUAUGAAUCGACAUCAAAGUGACAAAAGCCUUCUCUUGUAAAUACUAACUGUAAUCAAUUGAACCAUGCUACAUUUACGUAGUCAGCUUCAUUUCUUUUAUUCAAUCUCAUUUAUUGUACAAUAAAUUUAUAGAUUUGACGAGAA